GUGUGUGUACCCGCACGUGUGUGUGUGUACCCGCACGUGUGUGUGUGUACCCGCACGCUACACCCACAAGUCCUUUAAGUUGUGUCAUCAGCUUAGAACGUUGUGUAAAUCUCCAACAACAGGUUUCCCAUUCUCGAGGGAGGAGGGUGAGAUCAGUCUGACUAUUGGCUUAUGGAGGUCUCACGAAGCUAACGUCUACUGGAUGCGACCCAUUGGUGAUCUUCCGAGUGAACAGGUGAACGGAAACGUGCCCAAACGUUUCGCUCUGGCCGGGAAUUGAACCCCUACCCCCCCACAAGUUGUCUUGGGUGUGAUCACGUCAUCAUAUUUUCAAAGAAUGAAGAGCUGGUUGAGGACUAACUUCCGGAGGCUGGCUGGGCCGGAAGCCUCAGAUCAGGACAUGGAAGCUGGUGGCUCCAACAGCCAUAGAAACAAUCCAGAAUCAUUAACAGGCACUAGCAGUACCACAUAUCGAGGAAGAACAGAGACGGACGCCGAUAAGAAAGUUGAUGGUAAAGAAACUGUGGCAUUAUUGCCAAUAACUGACAAUACUGGUGAAGAUGCUGCCAGUACGCCCCCAGCCCAAGUCACUCCACCAACAGUAGAUGCUGGAGACGGCCUAGGCGACCACAUAUCCAGCUUACACAACUGUGACACUGAAGCAACCCUCCACCAGUUUGCAAGCACUGGAAAUUAUACUAAAUGUGAGGAACUACUUGAUCAAGAAUUAACAAACAUAAAUAAACAAGACAAAAAUAAUCGAACUCCUCUCCAUUUAGCCGCAAUUAGUGGGCAUGAAGGUAUUGUGGAACUAUUAAUUAAUAAAGGAGCUAAAACGCGUAUGAAAGAUAAUGAGAAGUUCCUGCCCUUACACUAUGCGGCCCAGGCAGGUUAUAAGGCAUGCUGUGAGAUCUUGAUUAGCAAUGCUAAAAAGAAAGUUGAUGGUAAAGAUCAUGCUAAAAGCCAGCUUGAUGUGAAAAACAAAGAUGGCCGUACACCGUUUAUGCUUUCCGUAAUGCGGGGUCACUAUGACUGUUGCCGGAUCUUAAUUGGUUCAGAUAUUAAUGUUGCUGAUAAGGAUGAGAAAACAGCUAUGCAUUAUGCAGCUUCAAGUGGUUAUUAUAAGACAUUAGAGUUCUUGCUCGAAAAAGAUGCAAAUCCUUCACUAAAAGAUAUAACCGGCAAAACUCCAAUUCUCGAGGCGCUUCGUUUAAAUAGGCUUACAUGUGUCCAACUUUUAGCUACACAAACUGAUUUAAGCCUUAAAGACAAGGCAGGAAAGGGGGUUCUUCAUUAUGCUGUGCACAAUAAAAGCACAGCCUGCUUGAAGUGUCUGCUUCGUAUUCCAACUGUUAAAGCUGCAAUAAAUGAUGAGUUUGUGCAUGAAGUGAACCCACAAAAAUCAACAGGAACGCCGCUUUAUCAUGCUAUCUCAUGCCAUUCUUAUCAGUGUAUUGAUGAGCUGCUGCAGGCGGGAGCAUCAGUAACAGACUCUCCAAAUAAAUUAUUUCCCUUGCACGCAGCUGCCAAAAAGGGCUUACUGGAUGUCUGCCAAAAAAUAGUCGAGAAAAAUGCUAGGUCUCUUAUGAAAAUUAAUAGCAAUGGUGAGACUCCACUCCACAUGGCAGCGCAGAGCUAUAAUAGAAGGGUUGUCAAACUGAUUCGUUCAUAUUUGAAUCAACAUGGAAUAAAUCCUUCAGUUCAGGACAAGGAUGGUCAAACCCCCUUACAUGUAGCUGCAAAACACAAAGAUGCGACGAUUAUACAAGAACUGGUUCACUUAUCAAUGCACAAGCAAGAUAACAUGGGUGAUACUGCACUACACGUUGCUGUGAGCCAAGGUUGCUUGGAUUCUUGCAAAUUCCUGAUCAGUAAGAGUAAAGCACCUCUCCUGGUGUUCAACAAAGAUAAACAUUUUCCCCUUGAUAAAGCGUUCAAGAGGUACAACGAACUAGGCUCUCAGAAUGAUGAGAAUCUGAAAAUUAUUGAUCUUAUUUUACAAAAUACGUCACUAGACUUUCUGCAUGAGCAUAUGAAGAAAAUUGAGAAGAGAAAGUCGAAGUCAGUAAAUCCAGACGAGAGUUCGAAGAAUAAAUACGGUGAUGAAGUCAACUUAGAAGUUAAAGUGAGGCUAUUAACGACAAACUUGAGGAAAUAUUUUCAAGAAGCUCUCGAGAACAAGCACAGGAAAGUCUUAGAGGUUAUCAUGAACAGUUCAUGGUGGGAUGUACCAUUCCACACAGGGAUGAAGGAAGAGUGUCUGAAUGUCAGUACCCUUGUGAAAACCUACCCGAAACUCUCCCUUCAGCUACUGAAGAAGUACAUUUCAGAAGACAAAAAGAAUGUACUAUAUGAUUUUACAUUGUUCGAGGACAACUAUUGGCUUCCUGAAGAUGAGGGUGAGAGUCCAUUUGUUAAGAGCGGCAAAUUACAUCAUAGAGCAAUAGAGCGGUAUCCCGAGAGCAAGUAUAAGAACCACCCGGUGACACACAUGAUCCAAGGCAUGAGGAAUGACCUCCUACAUGACCAACUGACCCAAGCCUGGCUCAGUUACAAGUGGAGUUCCUAUAUCUGUUGGAUCCAUUGUUUCUUUAUACUGAUGGAUAUGCUCCAUUUUGUGUUCCUCGUGGGCUACAUGGCCACCGUCCGGAAUAUUAAGCACAUAAGUAGCUGUGAUGAGAUAUGGAGUCAGGACCAUUUGGAGACACCGAGGAGGUUCUACAUUUCGCUGUACUUCUCCUGUAUCUGGAUAUCUCUGCAAGAACUCUACUUCAUAUACAAACUGCGAGAGAUGUACUUCACCCCUGACACCGCCGGCCAGGUUAUGGCCAAGAGUUUUCAGUUGAUCUGUACUCUUGUGUUGAUCUUCUCUCCUCUGGGACUCGCACCAGAGUGUCGACUCUCUCUCGGGGCCGUCCAGCCGGAGACGGCAUGGCAGUGUGGCGUGGUGACAGUGCUCCUGGCAUGGCUCUGUCUACUCAAUUCCGUCAACCAAACAUUCAUGACGGAGUUCCUGCCCGUCUUAAAAGACAUCUUGAAGAUAUUCUUGAGGGUUCUUUUCUUUGUGAUCAUGUUUGUUCUAAUCUUUGCAUUUAUAUUCAACCUUCUGCUUAAGGAGCAGGACAACUUCAAGACGUUCCCACAGGCAGUAGGAAGCUCCCUGGCUUGGAUGAUCCUUGAUCUCGACUACGGUGAUAUCUUCGUCAGACCUCAGCUCCAGUAUCCUAUCGAGACCAACAUCAUCUUCUUCCUGUUUGUCACCACAGUGGUCUCGUUAAUAAUGAGUUUGAUCAGCAGACAAAGUGAGGCACACGUUGAUGACAAACAAUACUCUCUCAGCUUCAGGAGAGUCUCACUCAGAGUUGGAUUGAUAUUCCGGCUUGAUAUAUGCUUUCCCUUCGUUCGCCGGUCCUACGCCUGUAACAAAUGGUCGAAAGUCAACAAAGAUCCCACAUUCGUAGACAAAUAUUUCGGAAAUACAGAAGUUACAGUGCCAGAGAAGGACGAGGAAGGUCUGGACCAAAGUUCUGUUCACGAAGAAAUGGAUAGACUGUUCCAAAUGAUGAAAACAUUUAGCAAGCUCCUAGAAGACGCUAAAGAUGACAAUGCACUUAAACAUAUUAAACAACAAUAUAAAGACAUUUAUGCUUUACUCGCCGAUAUUAAAAAUCAAACCAAGAAAAAGAAGUAUGGAACCUUUUAAGCCGGAUUUUGGGAUCACCUUUUUUUUUAAAUUUCUUAAAGAAAACUAUUUCUUGUAGAGUUUCCAGGUUAAGACUAUUCGUUAGUAUUUU